GCUCCACACGCACACACCAAAACUCCAUUUUCCAAAUCCUCUGCUCUUCAAUCCUCAGAUCUGAAAUUCUUUUUUUCCGGCGAAGAUGUUUAUGGAGGCCAUUUCAGCUGUAUCCAUGCAGUCUGUUCAGGCUCCGGCGAAUCUGACGGCCCUGUCGAGCUCGUUCUCUCCGAAUCUGAACUCAUUUGCCGGCCGCAGACUGAGUUUCGGGAAGAAACGCGGUAAUAUUGCUGUGGUCGCGGCGUCGAACGAGGCAUUGGCCUCGUCUAUGAUGGGCUUCGUGUUUCAGCCGCUGGAGGAGGUGCGGAGGGACGAAUUUUUGGUCCCGAAGACUGGUGAGGUUUCGCUUGCUCGCCAGAGGCUCUCUGAUGCAUGUGAGGCUGCACUCAACGAACAGAUCAAUGUGGAGUACAAUCUCUCGUACGUGUACCAUUCUAUGUACGCCUAUUUUGACAGGGAUAAUGUUGCUCUAAAAGGCCUUGCUAAAUUUUUCAAGGAGGCCAGCUUAGAAGAAAGAGACCAUGCGGAGAAGCUAAUAGAAUAUCAGAAUAAGCGAGGAGGGAGAGUGAGGUUGCACGCGCUGCAGGCACCACCUUCAGAAUAUGAUCACCAUGAGAUGGGUGAUGCACUUUAUGCUAUGGAACUAUCACUGGCCUUGGAAAAAUUAGCCAAUGAGAAGCUCUUACUCCUCCAUGCUGCUGCUGAUAGAAGCAACGAUCCCCAGAUGGCAGAUUUCAUAGAAAGCGAAUUUCUAGCGGAGCAGGUUGUUGCCAUCAAGAAGAUCUCAGAGUACGUCUCCCAGUUGAGGAGAGUUGGAAAGGGACAUGGUACGACAAUCUCUUUCCCUAAUUUAUUCAAUUGUACAAUUGUGUUUGGCACUUUGAUCAAAUGCUCCUUGAGGAAGGAGUUGGUGCAGCGGCUUAAGUACGUUCGGCGUUUUUUCAUGCUAGAUGAAUAAAGAAGGGGCAUGUAUCAGUUUAGUUUAUGGAUGUACCAUAAUCAUCGCCUUACAUGAUGAGACUGGAAUUUAGCAUUUAGUCCUGGAUUUGUUAGAUUCAAAAUCAACGUGGCAGACGAGAGAGUUGCUUGCUACCUAGUUGCCUUGAACAUGUGAAUGUAUUUUGGUCCUUUUUUCUUUGUAUGCUUAAAUCAUCUCAUUGCCUAGACAGUAAAAAUUUGUUCGUCACUCUUGUCAAAUUUCUCACAUAAUAGGCGAAAAUGAUCGCAAUGGAUCUAAAAAUGUCAUUUGAGGAGGAAAAGGAAUAAAAUAAAGGAGGCUGUAGCGGACUAAACUUAUCUCAAUUAGUCAAUUCUCAAUGGAUCUGAUUUGCGGAGAGAAAGGAAAUGAAACAAAGGAGGUUGUAAAGGGAAAAACUUCAUCACAAAGAAUCUUAAACAACUAGAGUGGUAAAUGAACCAAAUUCGAGCUCAUGAGAUACAUAAGUUCAGACUGGAGUCCUUGUCGACCUGAGUUAUCAAGUAAAGAGCAAAUAAAUAAGCUCAAACUCGACUUGUGAUAUAUGAUAACAGUUAAGAAUAUUAUGUAAAC